AUGGAACAUGUGAGCAAUGAGGAAGUCUUAAGGAAAAUUUUCUUUCUCUUUUCUCUGUCCUCUCUUUACAACCAUCUUUUCUCAUCAUCUUUUUUUCUCAUUCAUUUUCUUUUCCCCCAUCUCAUUUUUAAUCAUAUCACCCCCUCCUCUUUUUCUCUUUUUCUCUAUCUUUUCUCUCUCCUCCUCUUUAUUUUGCUAUCUCCUCCUCCUGUCCCCCUUUUCCUCCUCCCUUCAUCUUCUUUUCUCUUUUCUUUUAUAUUUUCUCUCUCUUUUUCCUUACCCCUUCCUUUCUUCACCUUAACCUUUUCCCAUUCCUCAUACUUCUCAUUUCUCCAACCGCCUCCUUUUUCAUCCUCUUUUAUUCUUUACUUUCUUUCCCAUUUUUUCACCUCCCUUUCCUUUUUAAUUUUCACCCUCUUUUUUUCUACUUCCCUCUCCUUUCUUCAGUUUCACCCUUUUGUGUCAUUCCUCCUCCUCCUCAGCCUUCAUCUUUCCUAUCUCCUCCUAUCCACUACAAUCUUUCCCCUCUCUUGA